UCUCAUCGUGAUUUAGAGUUUUUUAAAAAUGGUUACUUUUAAUCUUAGCAAACUUCUGGCUGAUAAUUUUCCUCAAGGCAUAUUUUCACGAGUAAAAAUGUAUCUGAAUGUGCUAAAUUUUUGCAGUCCAAGUUUUUAUCACUUUAUGCUGAUUGCGCUGUGAAUUUCAACAUUUUAAAAGUCUGGCUUUUAAUUUAAUAAAAAAAUUUAAUGAGUGUCGAAAAAAAAAAAAGUUCUUUCUUACUAAAUAUAAACAUUUUUUGGAUCAAAAUCAACAAUGCAAAUAUCUCUUAUAAGAAAAAGAUUCUGAAAAAGAGAUUAGAACACAUGAGAAAGAACUGCUAUUAAUUAGAAAAGGUGAAAAUCUGAUUAAACAUGGUAAUCAACUCAUCAAGCAGGGUGAGCGUAAAAUAAAAGAAGGGGAAUUACUGCUUCGUACUCAUGGAUCCAAUGUAAACAGUGUACCAUGUAGAGUACCUAAAUCAUCUGCAGUCAAUAUAUCUUGUACACCAAAACCUAGAAAGUCUUUUAUUAAGCUUACAAACAGGAUGAAGCGUAAAAGAACAGAUAGUCUUAGAGAACGAGAGGUGGAAGAACUGCAACAUGCUGUCAAAAGGUUUAAAUCUAAUUCUUAUAUUGAUGAUAGGGCUAUUUUAUAUGGUUCAAAUUUGUCAUUGCAAGCUCUUUUUAAUUUGAAACUUACAGAUAGAACAAGGGCUGAAUUUAAAAAUAUAGUGACUCUUAUGAGUCACUCUAUUUUUAUAUCGUCAUCUUGUUCCUCCAGGUUUAACCAAGUUGACGCAAUACAAUAUUGAAUAUUCUGAAACCGAAGUAAAAUGUAGUAUUUUCCAUAUGAUAAAGCAUUCAGUUUCUAGAGUGUUUGAAUAUCUUUUGGAUUAUGAAAGUAACUGCAUAAUGAGUUUAUCACAAGAAGAGCGUGAUAAUGUACAAAUUAUUUGCAAAGUAGGAGGUGAUGGUCAAAGUGAUCAAUCUGAGUUUCAAAAUUCAGCAACUAUGAAAAGAGGUGUAGAUGAUCGCUCUGUGUAUAGUAUAGUGUUUGUACUACUGGAGAUCCGAAGUGGAGAAAAAAUAAUAUGGAAAAAUUUAAUUCCAAAUAGUCCAGAUGCAACCCAUCAUCUUUUUUGUUUUGCAAAAGAGACUGCUAGUUUUAUUCAGGAAAAAUUUGAACAUUUGAAAAAUGAAAUUUUUUUAUUGAAGAAUAUUGAAUUUAAACUUGAUGAAAGUACUUUUGUAGUAAAGUCUAGUUUGUCAACUAUUUAUACCACAAUGAAUGAUGGCAAAACACUAAACGCUGUUGUAUCAAAUAUGCUUAAAAAAAAAAUUUCAUCUCAGCCCUGCCAUGUAUGCCUUGCAAAUUCUAAGGAGUUUAACUUGAAAACUAUUUGGAAAAAAAAUAUUAAUUUAAACAAGCAUGUUUUGAAACUUGGAAUUUGCAGUCUUCAUCUGUGGAUGCGCUGUAUGGAGUGGAUUUUCAAUACUGCUUGUAAACUCCCAGCUGUUAAGCAAGGAAGAAAUAUUCCAUCACAAAAGAGUAAAGAAUUUAUUGAAAACAAAAAAAAAUUCCAGCUUUUAUUCAAUACAACUGAAUAUAAGGGUUUCUUUUGUCAGGAAAGGAUGUGGAACAACCAAUACUGGAAAUGUUGCUCGCAAAUUUUUUAAUAACCCGAUUGUGACAGGGAGAAUUUUAAACUUGGAUAUCAGAAUGAUUAAGUUGUUUUGAGAUUUACUCAUUGAUAUAAACAGAACAACUACAAGACCGGAUAUAAAGGUUUUCAAACAGAAAUCUGAACAUCUAUUUGCACUCAUAACUAAUGAUAAAUUUUUAAAAACCAUACCUAUGUCACAAUCUGUGCAUAGAGUGAUAGUUCAUGGUACUUCUUUUAUAAGGUAUUUUAAGUAUCCGAUAGGUUCUUUGUCUGAGAGUGCUAUUGAAGCCAGAAAUAAGGAAAACAAAACUGCUCGAAUUGGUCAUGCUCGUUUAACCUCUUUUGCAGAAAACACUAGGGAUACAGCUAAUUAUUUGUUUAUGACAUCUGAUAUGUACCUCUUUUGCAAAAAAAACAAAAUGGAUAAAAAAAGUUAAAUAUUUUAAGUCCUUCUUUAUUUAUAUGCCUAUUUCCUCAUUUUGUAUAAGAGCAACGCAUAGUGCGCCGGUUUGGGCGCCGCCCAAAUUAAAAAUCAAAGACUUUUUUUUUUUUUCGUUUUUUACGGCAAAUAUUGUUUUUUCCGCAAAUACUCGGCAAUAUUUCUGCUAAAUUUCUCCGAGACGAAGGGGUACCGCCGCCCAUAUUUUUUUCCUAAGAUAGCCCUGAUAUAAGGUGUCCAUUUUACUAAAAUGAGGGGGUUGAAAAAAUUACAUGUUUUUUGAACGCUAAAAGAUUAUUAAAU